AUGUCUAGUUCAGCAUUAUUUAUUCUUGAUUUUAAAGGAGGAGAUAUUGAAAUGGGUGAAAUAGAAAAAUUUCUUCCUUUAGUUUUAGAACAAGAAGAAGAGGGAAGUCAAUCUCCAGUUGUUGAAAAAGAUGGUAUAAAUUUUUGUUUUAUAAGACAUAGAAAUUUAUAUUUAGUUUCAAUGUCAAAAAAAAAUUCAAAUGUUACAAUGAUACUAUCAUUUUUAUAUAAAUGUGUUGAAGUGUUUGUUGCUUAUUUCAAAGAUUUUGAGGAAGAAUCAGUACGUGAUAAUUAUGUUGUUAUUUAUGAAUUAUUAGAUGAAAUGAUGGAUUUUGGUUAUCCACAAAUAACAGAAGGAAAAAUUCUUCAAGAAUAUAUUACUCAAGAGACACAUCAAUUAGAAUUAGCUCCACGACCACCUAUGGCUGUAACAAAUGCUGUUUCAUGGAGAUCAGAAGGAAUUAAAUAUAGAAAAAAUGAGGUAUUUCUAGAUGUUAUUGAAUCUGUUAGUUUGUUAGCAAAUGCCAAUGGUACUGUAUUAAGAAGUGAAAUAAAUGGAGCUAUAAAAAUGAGAGUUGUAUUAUCAGGAAUGCCGGAACUACGACUAGGAUUAAAUGAUAAAUUUUUAUUUCAAAAUAUGGGGCGUACUGUAAGAGCAGGAAAGGCUGUUGAAUUAGAAGAUGUUAAAUUUCAUCAAUGUGUUAGGCUAUCAAGAUUCGAAAGUGAACGAACAAUAUCUUUCAUUCCACCAGAUGGUGAUUUUGAAUUAAUGAGUUAUCGUUUAAAUACACAAAUUAAACCAUUAAUAUGGGUUGAAUGUUCUGUUGAAAAAUAUGCUCAUUCACGAAUAGAAUUUAUGGUUAAAGCUAAAAGUCAAUUUAAAAGACAGUCAAUUGCAAAUUCUGUAGAAGUUAUGAUACCAGUACCUUCAGAUGCAGAUUCACCAAAAUUUAAAACAACUGUAGGAUCGGUGAGAUAUGCUCCAGAACAUUCAGCUUUCAUUUGGACUAUUAGAAGUUUUCCAGGAGGAAGAGAAUAUCUUAUGAGAGCACAUUUUUCUCUUCCUUCUAUAUCUUCUGAUGAAACGGAACAAAAGAAACCAAUUCAUGUACGUUUUGAAGUUCCAUACUUUACAACGUCUGGAUUACAAGUAAGAUAUUUGAAAAUUAUAGAAAAAUCAGGGUAUCAAGCACUUCCUUGGGUUCGUUAUGUUACCCAAAAUGGAGAUUAUCAAAUUAGAAUUCUAACUAUUUUGGUUUUUCCAUUAGGAUCAAUGUUUUUUUUGAAAUACUUUGUUUUUGAAAAAUAUAUGGGAUUGGAUAAUAAAGAUGCAAUGAUGUUUUCAGCUAUAAUUGCUAUUUUAGAAGUUCAUGCAGUAUUAUUUUAUUGGAUUUAUCAUAGUUAUAAAGAACAUAAACCAAAAUCUUUAAAAAAAGAUUAA